CCCGUGCACCCAUUGGUCGAAAGUUCUGUUGCGACAUUGUAGUGCAUUUUGGCCCAUCGCUGGCCGCCUUGGAGAAGAGAGCAGGAAUUGCCAGAGAAGAGGCGACUCCCGCUUUCUCCAACGUCCCCGGAGGGGCGAGGAACAAGUCAAAGAGCCGAGGAAGGCCACAGUCUCGAUGGCGACCCAGUGGAUCCAGGACCCGGCCUACAGCGCCUACCAGGCGGACACCACGAGCUCCGAGAGCGUGUCGGACGAGGCCUCAGAAUCCUGCAGGUUCAUCCAUAACCAAUGCGACAAGGAGCUCUUUACCGGCGAGUAUUUAAGAAGCAACAAAGCUAGUGGUCACAAGAACCUCCGGUGCUUCCCUCACUGCUGUGGAGGCCACAACCCAAAGAGUUUCUGCGGCUCUGGCCUCGUAGUCGAGUGUUUCUUGCCCAAUUGCCAAUUGGUAUUGGGCAGAUUCGAGGAAGUGGCCAAGCAACAGCCAGCCAAUGGCAAGACUCUACCGUCCCCCACCACAGUGGACACCAGUCUGGGACGCAGCAGCCUCGUGGUGGGUCGGGAAUACCCUCGCCAAGAGCUUUUUGACGAUGUCAAGAUGCCCGACCAGCCGUUUGGUCGCUGGUUCCGAGGCUCAGCAGUUCCCAAUGGCUCAGGAUCGGGCACUUGUUUCCUACUCAAUGGCAACCGCCAAUCGUGGCACUAUGGCUGGCAAUCAUCUCGUCUAAACUGCAAGAACCUGCACGUGUUUAAAGUCUACGUGUUCGAUGCAAGUGCCAGUGGUAAUGCCAAUACUCUAACGUGUGUGGCAGCCCUGGCGUCGCCUGCGUUCCGGAUUUCUUCCAGUCGCAAGGCCAGAAAGACGUUCCGUUCACCUAUGAACCAGGUGAAUGGCACGGCACCCAAUUCAACGCCAAUGGGGUUCCAGAAUGUGAUUCCGAGGGCUCCGUCACCGUCUGGAUCGGCGAGGAGUAUUGACGAACUGUUGGGUAGUGGAACAGCAAAUAACGCGGCGGUGGCGAAUGCUGCAGCCAUGUACGCAGCAGCUCAACAGCGACCACCGACGGGGUUUAUGGCUGGCCAGAGAGAUCCUGCUCGACGUGAACGGAAGCGCUUGACUCGCUCAGCUUCGCUCAAAACGGAUUAUUUCUCGACCAUCUCGUUCCCCACGCUCCAACAGCAGCAGCAACUGCAACAGCAGCAGUUCCAGCAACCCCAAAGACUGUCGCUCUCAGCUACACACCCGCCGCAUUUCGAGGGACUUCAGGAGAACCGCGCGUCGAUGCCGUCACUACCAGGUGUGGGAUCUUUCCUGAACAACUCAACGGCGCCGAGAUCAACUGGAAACAACCGAACGUUCCACAGUCGACGCUCGUCUCUGGCAGCUCUGCCCAUGCCCGUUUCCAACCCGUUAACCAUGUCGCGUCAACACCAACGACCCGUUCCGGUGCUUACUCCAAUUACCGGUAUGAUGCAGCUCCGACUGGAAAAUCAUUCCCCUUACGCCAGCACGCCGAUGGCCAGUUCAACGCCCUCAUCGUCCAGCUCUGCGUCGUCCGGCUCGGCUCCUGUUGCCAACACGACGCGACUCACUGCUGCUGCGCUACACCAACACGCGUACGCUUCCGCCCGGCCGUAUCCGUACGCACGGCGUGAUACUUGGUCGAGUAGUUUGCAAGGAAUGAUCCCUGAAGGCGGCGGGAUCCCCAUGAUGAUGAUGUCGCCCGGAUCAACGCCCGACAGUUAUCUUAACCGGAAACGCAACCGCUCCACAGACUCGGACAAGGCGAUCACUGCUGCUAUUGAGGCGUCCGAGAAGAUCCACCCCACUCUGUCGCCGGUAUCGUCGCCUCCGAUGGUGGCUCCAGUCCCCACAGACAGUGAACUGUACCGUCGUGCGCGUAUCCUUCAGCUCGCGUUCACUAUUGUGAAGCGUAUCCAUCGCUUCGAAGAGGUCGCAGCCAAGCAGAAGGAGACACCCAAGGUGUAUCGCCACUCGUUCGAGAUGAUCACGCCUCCGAUGCCGACGCCAGCUUCAACCCAGACACCACGCAAGAAAUGCUCAUUGGUUCAGAUUCCUCUGAGCAACCCGAAGCUGUUGUAUUUGUGCUCUAACCUCGUGACAGUGUGCACGUCCUUGGUAAGCUCUGGACUGUUGGAAGAUAUGCGUCAAAAGAUGCGCGACUGUGCCCAGGCUGGACGUGGUGUGCUUGCAGCGUAUCAACAACUUGUGGACUUUUUGAACGACGCAGUGGAAGCUCAAGUAUCACGUCUGCCUCGCCGGAUGCACAAGUCUUGGGGCGAUGCGGAGUCUGCUGAUGAAGGCGAGUGGGAUCUGUACGAGAUGCUCAAGAGCUGCGAGCCGUGGCUCAUGCAGGAGGCCUGGUGGGUUGUGCUGGACGACGACGACCAGCAACAAGCAGGAGACAAAGAAGAAGGCGCGCUACGUCCACUCCCGUACAUGCACGUGUUCGCAGACUACUACCGCGCUAUUCAGGACGCCGUACCGUCGCCUCAAGACCUGGAAGUGGCGAACUCACUGCGUGAAGCAGCGCUUACAGGAGCCACCGGACUAACGGGCGAGUGGAAUCGCCAGGGCGAGCCUGAUGAGCACCACUUACAGCAGCCACAACGCGUUGCUUCAGUUCGAUCAGCAACGGCAGCGUCGUCGCUGUCCUGGUUGGCACGUUGCAUCCAUGCGCACACAACGAAGACGUUCCACAUUACGGAGACGGACACGACGAUGACGCUGUCGCUACCGAACAGCUUAGUAUCUGCUGACGCCGUGUUCCUAUUGCAGCUGGACCAACAGGAGCCAACGGUGGUGCUUCCUCAAGAUUAUUUUCCGUUCGGGUGGUCUCGUAAGCGCUCACUCAUGGCGUAUCGUGCGUGGCGUGUCCGUGGCAUUGGCGACUCGAACGGCAGUGCCGUGGCUGUGCAGUUCAUGCGCUGGCCCGAUGAUAACGAACUUGAAGCCGUCGAGAACGACGAAGAAGAUGAAGAACUAGACGAAGAGGAGGCUGAAGACUCCCCGGAAGAACCCGAAGAAGAGCCACUGGGUCGUCGCGGCCGCCAGCUCAAGCGUCUACGCACUCGGAUCACCAUUUACUUCUCCGUCUUCUCGUCCACUACACUACAGCUGCGCACUAUUGUCGAAGCGAGUCUGGCUCCAGCCGCGGCUCUCCCUGCUUUGACCACUACGCAACCCACGGAUGCAGACAUGUUGAAAUACUUCAAGUCGCCGUCGUCCUGGGAAAUGCGCUCGCAGAUCUCGCAAAAGUACACGAAAAACCUGUAAAUACCCAGCAGUUGAGUGAGAUCGCGUCCCACUCCAUCCCUAUCCAGCCCAGCUACCUUUCUCCCUCUUCGGCUUCCGCUUUGUGUACGUGCGUGCGUCGGUGUUUUAUUUUCUUGGAGGUCGAAAACGAGGAACACGAGUUACCGACAUCCUGGUCAUAGAUAGGUACGUAGGUAUAAGCAGGAAGGUCAGAACUCAAAUCAACUUGAACAAAAUUCCAGAUAAGUAGUUAGUGCCCAAAAUGUUUUGUCUGUACUUGCAUCAUACUUAAGUACUCAUUUUGUUG